AUGGACCGGAAGCUUCAGAAGCUCAAGGUUGUCAUCCAGGAACAGGCGAUGGAAGCGAAGAGUGUACAGGAGGCGGCUAACAAGCUGGCCGGUGCAGUAGGUAGUUUGGCCAACCAGGCAGAACUGGCUAUGGGACCUAACCGCAAUGUGGUUAUGAAAGGCACCCCUGAACCAUUCUGUAGAUCUACUCAACAAAGAGUAAGGGAACUCCGGCAGAGAGUGGUCGACCUACUGAGGUUGGUAGGUAUCCCUGCUCAUGCCCUGGUAAAGAGGGUGCUGCGGCUGGGAAGGUGGAAGAACGAGGAUGACAAUGGAUUAGCGAAUGGGAGACCGGCGCGUGGGGCAUAG